CGCGCGGUGUCCCCGGGCCGGGCCGGGUCGCACCCCGGGCCCCCAGCGAGCCCCCGCCCCAGGCCGGCCCGCGGGAAGGGCCGGAGCGAGCCCGCCUGUGGUCCGGGCACAGCCCUCACGCUGCUCAGCCGCCCUCUGAGACCCUCCUCAGCCCCAGACGUCGGAACCGGGACCGGCUCCCUGGGAAUACCGGGAGGUAAGGCGAGGAUCUGAGCAGCCAGGAGGGCUGAGGAAAAGCAUCUCUCAUCCGUACCGAGCACAGCACCAAAGGGGAGGUGCCGGCCGCUCCGUGCAGCAGGACAAGCGCGGUGUCGGUCACAGAGCCCAGUUCAACACCUCGGCCACCCACGGCCAGCAGCGCAAGCCGCCGAGCAGCUGCAGGUGCCACCACCAAACAUCGGCCGGAGACGCGCCGGGACAAGGCUCCCAGGGCACCGGGGGCACGGCACAGCAUGGAUCAGUCGCCAGGAUCAGACCCUUCACAGGAACCACAAAGUGCCUACCCACAAAAUGCCUAUGAAGGUGGGCAUGGCCCUUACCAGCCACACGAACCGGGUUAUGGUCUUGACCAGCCCGGAUACAGCCCGUAUGAUGAUGAGAUUCCCGAUCCCCAAGCCCGGAUGCUGGCAAUCAAGAAUGCAAAAGCCUAUUUACUGAAGACCAGCACAAAAUCUGGCCUGAAUUUAUAUGAUCAUUUUGCUAAUAUACUAACAAAGAUCCUGGACGAACAGCCCACAAAUACAGUAGACAUAAUUGAGAAUAUCAGCAAGGAUGUGAAGUGGGAGCAGUUUCGGAAAAAAAUGGACACUCUUCGAGAUGAACAUCUGAUCCCUCCAACAUUUGAAGCUGCAGAAAAGUAUAAAGCUUUGUUUGUCAAGGAAGGUGGAGAAGAUGAACAUGAAGAACUAGAAGAAGAGAUGGGAAAGCCCUCUCUACCAAAUGUGAUGGAAACAGCCUUUUAUUUUGAACAGGCUGGAAUUGGCCUGAGCAAAGAUGAAUCCUAUUACAUAUUCCUUGCCCUUAAAAACCUAAAUAAUGUUCAGCCAAUCCAGACCUGUCGCUUCUGGGGCAAAAUUUUGGGCCUGGAAAUGAACUAUAUUAUAGCUGAAGUACAGUUACGGGAAGGGGAAGAGGAGGAGGAAAUAGGUGAGGAAGAAGAGGAAAUUAUUGCAGAAGGACAGAAAGAGAUAGGUCAGGCUGAAGAAGAAGAUGAGCAGAAAGAAAAAGAACCUGAACCACCAAAGUCCACCUAUAAACCGCCACCUGAUAUCCCAAAAGAAGCAAAUGGGACUGGGACUAAUAAAUAUGUCUACUUUGUCUGUAACGAGCCAGGCAAACCCUGGGUGAAGUUGCCUCCAGUGACACCAGCCCAGAUUGUCUGUGCCAGGCAAAUCAAGAAGUUCUUCACUGGUCGCUUGGAUGCUCCUGUUGUGAGCUUCCCUCCUUUUCCUGGAAAUGAGGCCAAUUACCUGCGUGCACAGAUAGCUCGAAUCUCAGCAGGAACCCAUGUCUCUCCCACUGGAUUUUACCAGUUUCCAGAGGACGAAGAAGAAGAAGAAGAAGAAGGAGCAGAUACAUAUGAAGAAAACCCUGAGUUUGAGCCUCCUCCUGUGGCUGAAAUGGUGGAGUCCCUCGCCACGUGGGCACACCACGUCAAGGAAAUUCUAAAGCAGGGUCGCUGUGUUUGGACUAAUCUUGCUCAAAAAUCAGAGGAAAAUGAAGAAGAUGAAGAGGAGGAAGAGGAGGAGGAAGAAGAGCAACAGGAAGAAAGAGGACAACCCCUUCUUACUCUAAUCUCUGAAGAUGAAGGCAUGAAAAACAUCCCUGCAUGGACGGCUCAGGCUUCUACAAACCUGAUUCCGGAAUAUUCUGUUGCAAUCCUGCAGUCUAACCGAUGGCCUGGAGCUUAUGCCUUUGCAUCUGGCAGGAAAUUUGAGAACAUCUAUUUUGGCUGGGGUCACAAAUACAAUCCAGAAAGCCACACUCCUGCACUGCCCCCGCCAGCAGAAGCAGAAUUCCCCAGUGAGCCAGGAAUCACUGAGACAGUAGACCCCACUGUGGAAGAGGAAAUGGCUUUCAAGGCUGCACAGGAAGAAGCCUUAGCUGCAGCUGAGGAAGAGGAAGAUGAGGAAGGGGAAGAUGAUUAAAAUACAGAAUAAAACAGAUGUUUUAAAAGUUUGAACAUAAAAAGCAUUUUCUUUUUUAGUCAUUUUUAGUUGUUUUUUUAGUAAAAAAAUUUAGUCUUUUUUUUGCUGACCUCAAAUUAUUUUUGAGUGUGCCUUCUUUUUUGAUUUCUGUAGGCUUUUCUUUGCAGCUGUCUUCCUGUCCUUCCCCACCCCUCAAACCUGUUCACACUGGCACGAAGGCUUUUUGUGUUUGUUUGACUAAGCAAACAUAGUCUGCUUCCUAAAAUGAUGCUGCUUUGAACUAAGAACUACCACCCACAAGAUGUUCACACUGUUUUUCUAGCCCUCAUUUCAAUACAUAUAUACAUUUUACUUAAAUAAACUUUUUUUAAAAUCCCA